GCGGAUUUGGGCUGAGAGCUGGAAAUCCUAGUCAUCGCAGCCUGAUGGCCCCAGAAGGGGGCCUGCGGAUUGUCGACCCAGGGCUUCAUCAUGCCAGAGAACCCUUUCAAUCGGGUCAUGGCCAAGCCCGCCGACCUCCGCAGGAGCCUCGACUCGGUCGCCGUCCCGGCCCUCAGCGAGUUCGCGCAGUGGCGCGCCGCGGAGAUCGCGAAGGAGCUGCCGGACCCCGUGCCCGACAACCCGGGGGCCGCGCUCUUCGUGGUCGGAGCCGCCGAGGGCGGCGUGCGGUGGAACCCGCUGUGGCUGAACCUCUGCGGCCUGGCCGUGUCCGCGGACGGGCAGACGCAUUGGCAGCAGCAGCCCGGGGGCAAGCAGAGGUAUUACAACGCUCUGGAGAGGGCGACCCUGCAGCUCUUCGACACCACCUACGAGGAGAGGACGUGGCCGCCCUCGAGGCCGGUGGCCUGUCGGCCAACGGCAGGAUGGCCAGGACGUUCCUCCUGGGGCAGAAGGACCGGCUGGUGCUGUACGCGCUCGGCUCCCUGCAGCAGCAGCUGCUCGGCGCGGACGCCGCGCCGCAGCAGUGACGCCCGCCGAGUGCCGAGCCACCAGCAGCCGCUUGCGCCAUGCCCGUCCAGGGCCCCCCGCGAGCGAGCAGGGCGCCGCAGGCCAUGGGAGCGGCUGAGCAGCCCCCCCGCCAGCGGCGGCCAGCGGUUUUUGAA